CCCGCGUAAACCCAAAACUUCAAUUUUAUUUUAUGUUCCGCGAUUCCAAAAUUUUGUGUUAGCGUUUUCUCUUCGUUGCCCCUACCCUCUCAGGCUUCUUAUUCUCGCGCCCAAACCCUUCUUUCUCACAACGCAACACAACGCUACGCACUCUCUCACGAAAUCACUGACUCGGAAACCCUUGCGGCUCUGACUCGGACUGAGUCUGCGAUUUCGCAGCUCGUUCUUCGUUCGAUUUCGAGUCUUCACGAUUUGCUAUGCCGAAGGUUAAAGCCGACGCGAAAGCUGCUGAUAACCGGUUGAAGCGCAAGGGCGCUGGAACCGGAAGGAAGCAGGCUAAGAAAGCUAAGGAUCCUAACAAGCCGAAGAGGCCUCCAAGCGCUUUCUUCGUUUUCAUGUCUGAGUUCAGAGAACAGUACAAGAAGGAGCACCCAAGCAACAAAUCCGUUGCAGUUGUUGGCAAGGCUGGUGGUGACAGGUGGAAAUCAAUGUCUGAUGCUGAUAAAGCUCCCUACCAAGCUAAGGCAGAGAAAAAGAAAGAGGAGUAUGAAAGGAGUAUGCAAGCCUACAACAAAAAACAGGAGAGUAAGGGUGCUUCUGAGGAAGAUGAAUCUGACAAGUCAAAGUCUGAAGUAAAUGAUGAGGAUGAGGAUGAGGAGGAUGAUGAUGACGAGUGAAUUUGCUUGGUAACACGGGAAGUUUAACAUGGAAAUGGGAGAAGCAAUUGUUUUCGGAUAAUUAGGGUUCCAUUUAGUAUUCGAUAGGAUUCUUACCCAAUUCCAAUAUCUUGCUUAUUAUUAGCUUUUUAAUUCUUGUUAUGCUCUCUCUUUAGGUUUAGAUUAGUGAACGAUGUUAAUUAGGGUUAAUAGUAUCAUGAUUAUGUACUUAUAGUUAACCUCUCUAGUAUCUUCAGUCACAUACUUGGUUUAUCUAUUAUACUUUUUCUCUUGCCGAUUAA